AAUGCACAGAGUCACAAUCAAGCACCGAUUAUGCCACUGCAACUCUUCCUUUAAGAACAUGCGGACCUAGGGCUAAUAUAAGAUGCAAAGCCUCCUCGUACAUACAGAACCAUCUUCUUGUAGGCAGGAAUUUUGUUUUCUUCAGUCACUUUAAAUGGCACAUCUUGACCAAGGAGGAGCAGCAGCAGCCUCUGCCCGAGUGUAGCAGCUCUUUAAAACGCAAAGGGAUUUGAUCUGAGAAAGAGCAGGUGAUGCCCUUUUGCAGGGGUGAGGUUAUUUCAAACGGGGAAAGUGUUAGGAUUAUGCUGAUGUAAACUGAGGGACACUACUGACAGAAAGAGGUGAAGAGAAGGGGGAAACAAACGGCAAACUGUGACACUCAGGAGCUCUCGCGCAAGGCGCAAACAUAUCACUGGAUUCUACAUUGAUACCUCAAGAAAAAUGUCAUCUCAGACGAAGAUAAAGAAGGACAAGGAGAUAAUUGCGGAGUAUGAAACGCAAGUGAAAGAGAUCAGGAAUCAACUGGUCGAGCAGUUUAAGUGUCUGGAGCAGCAGUCAGAUGCUCGGAUCCAGCUGCUGCAGGACUUACAGGAAUUUUUCAGGCGCAAGGCCGAGAUUCAACUGGAGUAUUCUCGCAGUCUGGAGAAACUGGCCGAGAGGUUCUCUUCAAAGAUUCGUGGCCCAAGGAAAGAACAGCACCUUCUCUCUUCAGUAAACUGUUGGUAUCUGGUUUUGAAUCAGACACGAAGAGAAAGCAGAGAUCAUGCCACACUUAAUGACAUCUACUUGAACAAUGUCAUCGUUCGCCUGGCUCAGAUCAGCGAGGAUGUCAUUCGGCUCUUCAAAAAGAGUAAAGAAAUUGGCAUUCAGAUGCACGAGGAGCUGGUGAAAGUGACAAACGAGCUGUACACUGUGAUGAAAACGUAUCAUAUGUACCACACGGAGAGCAUCAGUGCAGAGAGCAAGCUGAAGGAGGCAGAGAAACAAGAGGAGAAGCAGUUCAGCAAGUCUGGAGACCUCAACGUCAACCUCCUACGCCACGAAGACCGACCCCAGCGCCGCAGCUCAGUCAGAAAAAUUGAGAAGAUGAAGGAAAAGAGGCAAGCCAAGUACUCCGAAAACAAACUGAAAUGCACGAAAGCCCGCAACGACUAUUUAUUGAACCUGGCAGCUACCAACGCCGUUGUUGCUAAAUAUUACAUCCACGAUGUUUCAGACAUGAUUGAUUGCUGUGACCUUGGUUACCAUGCUAGCUUAGCCCGCACGUUGAGGACAUUUCUAUCUGCUGAGUAUAACCUUGAGACCUCUCGGCAUGAGGGUUUGGACAUCAUUGAGAAUGCAGUGGACAACCUGGACCCCCGUAGUGACAAGCACAAGAUCAUGGAUAUGUACAAUCAGGUCUUCUGCCCGCCCAUGCGCUUUGAAUUUCUGCCACACAUGGGAGAUGAGGUGUGUCAGGUGAGUGCUCAGCAACCAGUGCAGACAGAACUUCUAAUGCGUUACCAUCAGCUGCAGUCCCGUCUUGCCACGCUCAAGAUUGAAAAUGAGGAGGUACGCAAGACACUGGAUGCCACCAUGCAGACCUUACAAGAUAUGCUGACAGUGGAGGACUUUGAUGUGUCAGACGCUUUCCAGCACAGCCGAUCCACUGAGUCCAUUAAAUCUGUGGCUUCCGAGAGCUACAUGAGCAAGUUAAACAUUGCAAAGAGGAGAGCCAAUCAGCAGGAGACGGAAGUCUUCUACUUUACUAAAUUCAAGGAGUACCUGAAUGGCAGUAACCUCAUCAUUAAGCUGCAGGCCAAGCAUGACCUGCUGAAGCAGACUCUGGGGGAAGGAGAAAGAGCUGAAUGUGGAACUACAAGACCCCCAACCCUUCCCCCGAAACCACAGAAAUUGCGGAAACCACGGCCUCGCUCCAUCUAUAACCAUAAGCUGUUUAAUGGCAAUAUGGAAAGUUUCAUUAAGGAUUCAGGUCAACCCAUACCACUGGUGGUGGAGAGCUGUAUCCGAUACAUAAAUCUAUAUGGGCUGCAGCAACAAGGCAUAUUCAGAGUUCCUGGAUCUCAGGUGGAAGUCAACGAUAUUAAGAAUUCGUUCGAGAGAGGUGAGGACCCAUUGGUUGAUGAUCAGAAUGAUCAUGACAUCAACUCAGUAGCAGGUGUUCUAAAGCUGUAUUUCAGAGGGCUAGAGAACCCUCUGUUCCCCAAGGAGCGCUUCCUGGAUCUGAUCUCCACCAUCAAGCUCGAAUCAUCUGCAGAAAGAGCUCACCACAUCCAGCAGAUAAUCGUCACACUUCCUCGCACCGUCAACAUCGUCAUGAGAUACCUGUUUGCAUUCCUAAAUCAUUUGUCCCAGUACAGUGAUGAGAAUAUGAUGGACUCAUAUAAUCUGGCUAUCUGUUUUGGACCCACACUGAUGCCCAUCCCUGAGAGUCAGGACCCUGUGACCUGCCAGGCUCAUGUUAAUGAGGUCAUCAAGACUAUCAUCAUCCACCAGGAAGUCAUCUUUCCCAGCCCACGUGAGCUGGAUGGCCCUGUCUAUGAGAAAUGCAUGACUGGAGGAGAGGAGUAUUGUGACAGCCCUCACAGUGAACCAGGCACCAUUGAUGAAGCAGACAAUGGCACUGAGCCACACACUAGUGAUGACGAGGUGGAGCAGAUCGAAGCCAUCGCAAAGUUUGACUACGUGGGUCGGACUCCUAGAGAGCUGUCCUUUAAAAAAGGUGCAUCCCUUUUGCUAUAUCACCGUGCAUCUGAAGACUGGUGGGAGGGCAGACACAAUGGUGUGGACGGGCUCAUACCUCACCAGUACAUAGUUGUACAAGACCUGGAUGAUGCAUUCUCUGAUAGUCUGAGUCAGAAGGCAGACAGUGAGGCCAGCAGUGGACCUUUACUGGAUGAUAAAGCCUCAUCCAAAAACGAUCUACUCUCUCCAUGUGAACCCUCGCCUGAUUACAACUUCAGUGGAGUCAUGGGCCGGGUUAGGUUGCGGUCUGAUGGGUCUUCUGUCCCUCGGCACCGCAGUGGCAUAGAUUCUAACAGUCCUCCCCAUGACACACCACCACGGGCUGCCGCUUGCCCCAGCAGUCCCCAUAAGAUGGCAGUCAGUAGAGGCCACAUUGAAAGCCCAGAGAAGAGACGUUUGGGAACAUUUGGCAGUGCCGGCAGCAUUAACUACCCAGAGAGAAAGGUCUAUCCCGAGGGUCACCCACUCAGGCCUGUCCCAGGAGCAACGAGACACAGCAGCCUUGGGGAUCACAAGACCUUAGAAGCUGAAGCCUUAGCAGAGAAAUCUGUGUUACAGGAUAUUGAGAAGACAAUGAACACUGCACUUCAUGAGCUCCGUGAACUGGAACGCCAAAACACUGCCAAACAGGCUCCUGAUGUUGUUCUGGAUACUCUUGAACCGCUCAAGAACCCAGUGAGCUCCGAACCAGUAAGCCCCUUGCACACCAUCAUUAUUCGAGAUCCAGACGCGGCCCUGAGACGCAGCAGCAGCUCCACCUCUGAGAUGAUGACAACCUUUAAACCGGCGCUGUCCGCAAGACUAGCCGGGACCCAGCUCAGACCUCCAUCUAUGAGGCCUGUCCGACCCCCACCAACCCAACACCGCUCCAGCAGCUCCAGCUCCUCUGGGGUGGGAAGCCCUGCUGUGACCCCCACAGAGAAGAUCUUUCCAAACAACCCAAGCAAUUCUGCAGCCUCCUCUGCCAACUCAGGCGAGAAACCAGGAACCAUGUAGCACCACCAGGCCUGUGGUGCAGUGGUAGCUACCUGCACUGGUGAGGGCACAAUGCUAAUGCCCAUGCUAGGAGGUUUAGUUUGCUCCCAAUUUUAUGCCUUUUUUUGUCUCUUUUAUUUUUCCGUUUGAGCUUUGGAAAAUUCUGGAAAUACACACAGGUCGGAGCUGUGGCCUGGCGUUGUGCACAUGUGACGCAUUGAGCCUUGGUGCAGUUAACGCAGGUUCAAAUCUGGCUCAGGUCAUGUCGUGUUCCCCGUCACCUUCUCUUUACUAUCUGUCAAUAAUAGUGGCAAAAAAUCUGAAAUAAAUAAAAUAAAAACGGUUAUCAGGGUGCAAUUGAAUGGAAGUCAUGGUGAAGUGAAGAAUGUAAUUCACACAUGUAAGAAAGGUUGAAAAGAGAAUUAAGACAAAAAAUGCCUCAACGCAUCUCCUGUUAUGAUUUUAUUUUCAUUUCACGACAGAAUUAAUAAGUCGUCAUCUUUGUCCAUUUUUUAAGACAUUAACUUUUAUUCUUUAGCGUGAGCGAGAUAAAAUAAGUGGUUUGCAUUUAUUUCUCCUUGCACUGGUUGGCCAGAAGAGUUAUGUAAUUUAGGCAGGAAUAAUUUACCUCUCAUUCGAGGACUGAGAUUGUCCCUCCCUCCAGAACUGGACUGUAUAUAUGGAUAUACUGUAAUAGAACCAAAUUGUCACUUGAAGACUGUCUAACAUGGCCAGCUUACCUGUGAGCUGUUGUAAAUAGAGAUAUACUGUACUUGAACUUGUAAUGCCUUCUGUUUGUAGAAUAAGCGAUAUACAUCUAAGUAACAACAUAGCCAAGCUGUAAACAUAUAUGAGAUGCAGAAAAACCAAUAUACCAACUAAUUGUAAGAAACCUGUGGUAAAUUUUUUUUGUUUGUUUGUUUUUCUUGUGUAAUAUACAUUUUGUCAAUUAAGUGUCAAUCUUGUACAGCCGAGGACAGAACAGGCAGGGAGACUAGAAUGGCUUUUAUCAAAACAAACAUUUACGUCAAUGAGUGGAUUCUGUAUUCUGAGCCAUUAACAUUAGUUUGGGGAGUGUUUUGCUUAUUUCUUGUCUUUGUGAAUUUGUCUUUUUUUCUUUUUGUACCACAUCAGUUAAAACAUUCCUUUAUGCUCAAAUUAUACAUAGAGUUUGAAUGGGUUUUUAUAAUUCAAUAACAUUCUUAUAAAGGCCAUGAGCUCAGUGUGAUUGGAAACAUCUAUUAAUUAGGCACAAUUUGUUUCCCUCUCUCAACUGGAAAUAUCAAUACUUACUAAAAUUACCAGAUGUUUCUCAAGUGACCAAUCUGUUACAAUUUGUAUUGAAAAAAAAUGUCCCCAAAGGGGUGAAUCAUACAAAACAUGUCAAGGAGAUGUCCAGGUCAUAUUUUACUCUAAAAUAUAAAGAAAGAAAAUAAAUUGAAAAAAACGAGUUGGCAAUAAUGUAAUGUGAACAAAUAGUUAUCUAUUAUUUAAAUUGUUAAGGUAGUGUAGUGUUUGUUGUACUGCCUAUUUACUUUAAUGAGAAUUAAAUACAAAUCUCCACUGAGAAUAAUUAGUAAAAAAACUCGUGAAAUGUCCGGAAGCAUUAUGCUCAUGAGAAUUUGGUGUGGAAAUGUGAUUAAUUGUCACGAAAACAGUAUCACAAUGGGGUGGGAAUCUAAAUUAUCGUAAAAAUUAGGCUCAUUUUAUUUUUGUUAAAUAUUUCUUUAUUUUUUGGGGAAUAAUGUGACCCAGACAUGUUUUCGAGAGAUUUGCUCAAAAAGGGUCUUGACUAGGCCAAGCAUAUGAUGUAAAAGUGAAUCUUGCCCAGUGUAAUAAAUGAUACAAUAAUAAAAUCCAUACUGCAUUCUUUGUGAUUAGGCACAGAUCCCUCCCCCAAUCUGAGUAUACGGUCGCCUUGUCAAACAAGAGAAACUCCACUGCCCCCAAUCUGUCAUAUCGUCUCCAGUUCAUCUUCAGCUGUACCACUCCUCCCUGAGCAGAUCUUGAGGGUGGUAUACCCAGUCGUGUACAAAAUUUGCCCGACUGACCUACAUAUCCCCUUAAAUACACUAAGCCUUAAGCUUUAAUCCCAUCUUCGCCAAUUUUACACUUUUGCAGUUUGCCUUAGGACUUGCCACGUCAUGUAUUCCAAUCAGAAUGACAGCAUGUGAAAGCCUUUGUUGCUAAAAAAAACUAAGAAAUCAGGACUGUUUCUACUACUCACAAUUUCAAUUUGCAAUGUUUUGGUGUUAUUUCUAGAUUUCAUUUAAAGUAAUACUUGAGCAUCAUUUGUCUUAGACCUAUCUGCAUUAAUCUUAUGUGUCUUGUUUGUGUCAUGCUAAUUUACUUUCGCAUUAGAAACAAAUCACUUCCGAGAUUCCAUGUCCUGUUACUGCCAUCUUGAAUUACUUUAAAACAAAUGGUUUUCACAAUGACCGGUAAUUAGCUCCUGUCUGAAUGCCUCACCUUAGUGGUUGCAUGGGCCUGUUGUCUGCAUGUGAGGGAGACCAACUUGCAUGUGCUUCUCUUUACCAAUCAACACUGUCCAAUAGAGCAGAUAAAGACUGUUAGAGGUGUCUUUCCCUAGGUUUAACACACUAUGUCCCUAAACGUGUUAGCCUUUGGCUGUGAUUGAGCAAAGGAAAACCAAAACUGUAGCUGCAAGGAUUAGGUUAAUCUCAGGAAGUGAUUCUCAUUUAAAUACAUCAGCUUUUUUUGUUCUUAAUAACAUUUACCAUUGUCAACUAAAUAGGCCUCAUCAAUAACAUAUGACAUAUUUAAAGACUAUUAUUCACUAUUAAUAAGGCACAUAUUUAUUUUUGGAAGUUCAUUUAAAUUCAGACAUGAUAUUUCUGCCUAAUUACAAUUGAUAAGUUAAUUAAUUUGAUGCUAAAGACAAUGUGCAAUGCAAUGUAUAAAAGUGAGGCUUUCUGAGUCAUCCGUUGAUGUGCUGUGCUGUAGAGGGUUCCCACAGUCAUGGAAAACCUGGCAAUGUCAGUUAAUUUCAAAUCUGUGAUUUCCAGGCAAUAGUCAUGGAUGUUAACUAAAUAAUUGAAACAUUUCUGGCAUUUUCUAUAGUGAAUAUAUUUUUAAACCUCUUAAUAAUAUCUUUAAAUUUUAAAAGAUCUCAUUUCCAGUAAUUACAAAUGAUUGGAAAGUCAGGCAAAUGCUUUGGAAAAAAUAGAUAGCUUAAAAGGUGUGGGAACCCUGGCAAGUACAAAUAAGCAUGGUAUGGUUUGAUCAGAUUUUCACCUUUGUUUACACACACACACACACACACACACACACACACACACACACACACACACACACACACACACACACACACACACACACACAAGGGCUAAGAAUAAUAGUGCCCUCUGGUGGACAGAAAUGGUCUGUGCGUACACACAUGGCUUGUCUCUGUGUCAUUUUAAACAUUGUAAAUCAGGGACUAAAACCUAAAUGCUUUACUUUUGUUCAUUCUGAGCAAAAUCUGUAUUAUUUUCGUACUGUUUCAGGAGUUCCACAGCCUCCUUUCCAAAAGGUUACUGGUUAGAAUGAAAUAAAAGAAUGGUUAUUAAUGGUCUUUUAAAAAUGACAGUAUUCUUUGCUAAGGUGUGUGUUGAAAUACCACUUGCAGUGUUACCAGAUCUUGCAAGAGAAAAAGCAACAUGGUCUGUAAAAACAAGCCCAAAUUAUGCCACUUGACUCACCAAAAUAAGCAAUACAUUUGUUUCUUGUGUGGUGGCUUUAUCGGCAUAGAAAUCAAAACAAGCAGUUAAUUAACAGAUAAGAAUAAUUUUAAUUACACACCAGCUUUUGAGCCAAAACCCGUCUGUAUUAAUGCAUCAUAUCUAACAAUAAUUCACUGAAGACUUGGACACAACUGAGAAAUGUACCUUUUACGUCUAAUAAUGUUUUCCUUGUGUCUAUAUUAGCCAUGCAUGUAUACAGUGGCGGAUUUAGGCAUGGGCAGUCGCCCAGGGCUGUAUCUUGGGGGGGUGGGGGGUGGCACCACCACAACUCACUCAACAACAACUCCCAAAUUUAAUUCAGUUUCAUUCCUUGAACCAUUUUUAGUCCCUGUUUUAAUUUCCCGCUUGCACUAGCAGACAUGCACCAAAGGAUCGCUUAAAUCAGUGUACUAUAAGUAAUUCACAACCUUGGAUCUGCACACACUUACUCAUGCUGUAAUCAGUUGUGACAUGCCGUUUGAGUGUAAUAGCAUUAUCACUCAUGAAUCUGAAUACUUUAUUAUCAACAGCAUAACACCUAUUAAUUUUCUCUGCUGCUGGGAAAUGUAUUAAAGAGAAACUUGUAGUUCAUCUAAAAAUGCAAGGUUUUUCGUUUACUCACCCUUCUGUGUCUUUUCAAACAUGUGUGAAUUUCUUUCACCUGUGGAACACCAAAAGGACAAAAAAAAAGCACCAUAAAAGUAGUCCUGAAGUAUGUGCUAUAUCCUAUUCCAAGUCUACUGAAGCCAUAUGAAAUCUUUGUGAUAAACAGAACUGUCCAUAAAUCAUUAUUCACCGAAUAUCUUGUUUUACAUCUGUCGUCACCAUUCACUUGCAUUGUACGGAAAAGAGCAGCUUGGACUUUCUGCUCUAAAUAACUAAUUUUGUGUUCCAUGGAAGAAAGUAAGUCAUUUGGGCUUCAAAAGACAAAAGGGUGUGUAAAUAUGACAGAAUUUUUAUUUUUGCUUGGACUGCUCUUUUAAAUUCUAUCUGUUGUACAGCUCACUGUCAUACAGAAUACAUACUGUAUAGUGCUUAUGUAAAGAGCUGAUGUCAUCAGCUGUGUUUUAUAAUAAAUUAUAUAGAGUUUACAGAAUCUGCCAUCCAUAACAUACUGUACUCAGACAGUCCUGGUCUCAUCUGUUUCUAAUAAUUUGUCUCUCUUCUGUUGAUCUCUCCUCUGCCAGUGACCCAAGGCUGUACUGGAAAUGCUUAGACUUUUGCUCCAAAGUUAAACCGUAUACCCGAGCGAAUGCAUUGCAGUAUAUAAGACCUUGUUGGUCUGAUAAUAGGAUGUUGUAUGGUACUUGCACGAUUACUGAGGCACUUGGUGCAUUCCUGUACUUAAAUGGACUAUGUGAUGUUUCUGGAAGUGUGUUUGGGGAAUAAAUGCUACAUUGAGAGUGUAUUGAAUGUAUGCCACAGUGGGUGUUUAUUGUAUGUGUGCUAAGGUAACAGAAAAUAUAGGCUUUCUUCUUUUCCGGACACCAUGUUCAACAGAAUAUAAAAAAAGUGCUGUCUGUGUGUAGCAGUGGGUUGUGAAAACUGUUGUUUUGGGUUUUGUUCCUCCUCUGAACACUUCCGUAUAGUGAUGCUGUUAAAUGAGUGUUUGAAUGGUUGGAUAUCCCCCUGUGAUGUAAUCGUACACCAUCCCACUGUUUGGAUGUGAACCAUAAGUCCAAAUAAAGAUCUUUUUUUAAA